AUGUCUACAGCCUCGAAGAUUACCCUCCUCAGCACUAUUCUGGGUACCGCCGGCAUAGUCGCCUUUGUCCACUGGGCCCAGACCGCCGAACAAGCUGCCAUGCAUGCCGGUGUCGUUCGAGAUAUGGAACAACAACGCAUAAAGAGAGAGAGACAAGCCGAUUUUGACAUGCAGAGACAGCUGGAGGAGGAAUAUAAGAAAGUGCAAACUGUGCAUGACAGUACUAGUGGUGCCUGA